UUUGGAUCCGUUCUUCUCUGAUUUUACGAUUCCAGAUUAUUGAUGCACUCGGGCGCGUUUUAAUUAUCGUUUCUCGUUAAGCGUGACGUUUUUCGUCUUUUUUAAAUCACGGAGACGUUGCUGUACGCGCGGUAAAAGAAAUGGCGCGAAAAUACGCCUGCGUAACUGAUCGCCAAAUUAGCGUAUUUGAGUGACGUUUUUCUGCGGGGAUUUUUUUAAUAAUAUUAUACAGUGAUUCAGUAGCUGGAAGCGUUUCAACGUGAUCAACCUGCAGUUUGUGCUCACAUUCUUCGAAAGAUGAGGACCGUGCUACAGAUAUCGCUGGGCAUAGCGGUGUUCACCGUUCUGGUCUUCGCUGAAGACAAAGCGACGAACACUAUCUCGGUGUCGUCGGGAGCCUCGCCGGUCAUCCAAAGCAAUACAAUUCAGAAGUUUAUUGAAGUGUUGGGAAAGUACGAGCUCGAGGAUCAACGAGCCCUGAAAAGAGUCUACCUCAGCAACAGAUCCAUAACGUGCAACGACGGAUCUCAGGCUGGAUUUUACCUGAGAAAAUCUCAGGGUUCCAAACGAUGGAUCAUAUUCCUUGAAGGCGGUUGGUACUGUUACGAUCACAGGAGCUGCAGGAACAGAUGGCUCAGGCUCAGGAGUUUUAUGACUUCUACACAAUGGUCAGAGACCAGAGACGUUGGUGGCCUCCUGUCUUCACGCCCAGAGGAAAAUCCAUUCUGGUGGAACGCCAACCACGUAUUUGUCCCCUACUGUACAAGCGACACGUGGAGUGGCAGCAGAGCGACGCCAAGUGACAUGUUCUCCUUCAUGGGAGCAGAGAUCGUGGCGCAGGUGGUGAGGGACCUGGCCCCCCUGGGUCUGGAAAACGCGAGCUCACUCCUACUGGCAGGAAGCAGUGCGGGAGCGACGGGAGUGAUGCUGAAUUUGGACCACGUGCACAGCCUGGUCCACCAGGAGCUGGGGUUAAAACACAUCGCAAUACGCGGAAUCAGCGACUCCGGAUGGUUCCUGGACAGGGCCCCGUACUCUUCCAAUGGCUUUCCUGCCACCAACGUUGUCCGAAAGGGCAUGGAGCUCUGGAAGGCCAAAAUGCCCCGCAACUGUGUCCUAAAGUAUCCCCACGAGCCGUGGAGGUGCUACUUUGGAUACAGACUGUAUCCCACACUGUCUGUGCCCCUUUUCGUCUUUCAAUGGAUCUUUGACGAAGCGCAAAUGACUGCCGACAACGUUGGAGCACCAGUGACGAAACAGCAGUGGGACUACAUCCAUAAGAUGGGUGAUAGCUUAAGACAGACUUUCGAUAACGUAUCGGCAGUCUUUGCGCCGAGCUGCAUAAGCCACGGGGUCCUGACCAAAAAGGACUGGCAGCUGGUAAAGAUCGACGAAGUCUCGCUACCGCAGGCGCUUCAUUGCUGGGAGCAGACCGCAGUUGGAAAUAAACGUAACGAAAGUCGCAACCACGUCGAGACGAAUCAGCCCUGUGCAAAAUCCGCCAGAAAGCUGCUUCGAUCGGGCCUAACGAAGGUGAACGGAACUGUUUUGGACAGUGGUAAGAUCAGGAACGGGUCCGUUUUGGAGUCCAGGAAAAACGGGCUGUAUGGUGGAGGUCCAGCCGAGGAGAGGAAGGGACCGAACAAGCCGUCGCAGGGUGGACGAGCCGGGAACAAGAGGCGACGACGAAAAAAGCACAAGGGUCGAAGGAGGGACCGAAAUAAGGAGGGCAGACAGAAGAAGGAUAAACAGGAGCGGAGAAGAGGAGGACGAAGACACGGUGGCAGGCACGGAAACAACCACACGGCCAUGCUAAACGGCACGAGGCCUCAGCGAUCGGUGAUACCUUCCAACAAACGGAAGUGCGGUCAGGGCUGCCAAUUCAGGUUUAUCGAACGCUGCACUUGGCCACAGUGCAAUCACAGCUGUCCGCGACUCCAGAAUCCCUUCACGGGUGAAGAAAUGGACUUUAUUGAACUCCUGAAGAGCUUUGGACUCGACAUGAAGAGCGUCGCUAACGCCUUGGGCAUCGACAUACAAACCUUGAACAAUAUGGACCAUGACGAACUUCUCAAUCUUCUUACUCAGCAGUCGCCCAAUUGAUCACUUGGUCAGCUUACACCUGUUACACGGGUAAAACUUCUAACAAGUAAGCUUUUUCUACUGCAGUUUCUGUUCUUCCGCUCACAGCUGCUGCUCGAUGACAACUUUUUUCUACAGAGGGCACAAAACUCCAAAAGCAUCGCAUUUAACCAUAAAAAUCUAUCAACAUCUCAAAUCGUGGUCUAUAUUAACUUGAUACUAUACAGAAUGAAAACCCGAUUACUUGCACAAGGUUUUACGUAUCCUAAUAUUCGACUGAUUCAUCUGAAAUCAUCACCUGAUUUCUCUUUGCAGCGUCGUAUUGCUUGGCCACAUCUAAAUUCCUGUAUUUUUGUUUUUUUUUUUUUCAUUUUUUUCAAUUCUUUUAUUUUCAUCCAACUCCAUAUUUCGUCGAGCUAUUUCCGUACUUAUUUUUACCAUCAUACGAAUAUUGACCAUUGAAAUUAGUCUGCUCGAUGAAAUGAACUUGAU